AUGUCGAGACUCACCACGACCAUAGACAAACUGAACUCGUCGACCCAGCUCUGGGACCAGAACGUCUAUGUCGACGGCAAGCUUGUUUCCACCGUGAACACCAGCAAGGGACAGCACGGAAACAUCUUCUACAUCUCAAUCGAGUGCGCCAGCGGCGGCUGCGCGAAUCACCCUGCCCACACCUGGAAGGAUGUUUCUAUUGUGCUCAGCGAGGCCGAUAAGAGCUUCGGACACAGUGGAAGCUGGGAGCACGGUGCCACCGGUGGUGCCAUGACCACCUCAGACGGCGGCAAGACAUGGAACAUUGCUACUCUCAACAUCCCGGCCCAGAAGGCUGAGUAA